AUGCAAACAGUUUCUAGAAUCUUACCCACAACAUUAAGUGCAUUAGAACUCAAGUCUGAUGAACGGACCUUCCAGUUUGAUGAAGAAGCCGAAAUACCGAAGCCUUUGAAUGAAUGUGAAGAUAUACGAAGAUUAAUCAAUGAAACCGCACAAUGGGCGAUCAGAGUUGAUCAUAUUCACAAUAAAACUGAUCAAGAAAUCGAAAGGUUGGACAAAGUGAUCAAAGAAGUCACUGAAAGCAAUAAUAUUUUCACAUCUUGUUCACGUAAAUAUAAAAGCCAUAGGCAUUUCUCAGACAGUGAGAGCAGUUUAAAUACUCAGCAGAAUAGUCUUUCUCAAUUGCAUGGCAGCUAUGACCGUAACUGGAGGUACAGAAUAAAUAAAUGGUUCAAAAAAAAUAAGAGUAAAUUAGCUCCCUUAUCGGCUAGCGAUCUCGAAGUGACAGAUAAUGAUAAAGUACACGAAUCAGAAGGGAAUUUGCUGGGAGAAAGCGAGACACCUUAUUCUAGUGACGCUGAUGAUUUCACAAAUGGAUUGAAUAUUAUAUCACCACUAACCCCAGAUGAUUUUGACAACAAAGAUAUAUUCGACAAAAUCGAUGAAACCAGCGAAGUUCACCCCACCUUGGAGGUCAAGAAAUCUUCGAUUAGUCCUACUUUUGGCAAUGACAUCAAAAAAGGGCUACUGACUGAUGAUACGGAAAGUAUUAUUAGUGAACCGCCUUUGCGAGAGAAUAAAAAAACUCUUUUGAAAUACCGAAAUGUCAGAACUUCCUUUAAUAUACUGGGUUCAGAAAAGGGUACAAGUAAAAAUAAUAGUGGUAUGUUUCGAAUCUUCCACAGAAGUUCCACCCUUGGUGACAAAAAUCAAGAAAACAUGCCAAGAGUGUGGAAUACUGUUAGAAACAAUCUGGGGAGAGAAAUUUAUCUCUUGCAAGAAAGGUUUAAGAAAUGGACUGCAAAAAAUGAAAACUCUAAGAAGGGUCAAGUUUUCAAAGAUGACGCUGUUAUCGUUCCCUUAUCAUUAGCGGACCCAGUAGCAGAAACACAGCUAGAAUCUAAACUCUGCUUUAUGUCUGGAUCGGAGGGCCUGACUCCAGUUCAAGCGUAG